UGUCUAAAGUAAAACAAACGCCAACGAAAACUUUACUUUAAAAGAACAUUUUAAAAUCUCAUUAGAUAUUACACGUCCUUACCUUGAAUUACUUAUAACACAGUUAAACUUUAUUGUUUUAAUUACUCCCCACCGUCUGUUCUGUGUUACCAUAGAAACCGAGUCAAACUGUAUUAGCAGGUGGAGGUAUUUGUUAGCUGCUUCUCCGCAGAUCGUAUCGGUUUAUUAGUGACAGCUGAAGUUUAACUUGUGAACAUUUUCCCGCUCAGGAUGGACGAGCUUAAUCUUCACCUGCGGACUGUGAGUGCUCGUGUUACCUGUUGGCUUCAGUCCAGGUGAGUCUCUCUCACAUCCAUCAUGGCGUCUGAUGCGUCCACAGCAGGUGAGAAGGAGGUAAAAGUGAAGAGGAAGAGGAAGGAGCAGAAGGUGAGGACGAAGGCCUCAGCGGUGUCAGAGGUUCAGACGGUGGACAUCGAGGAGUUAACGUCUGCUGGUCAUCGAGCUCUGCAGGAGGGACGGACAGGAGACGCUCUGAGCUGCUUUAGAGACGCCCUGAAGGCUGCAGAACAGCUGCAGGACUCCCGGGUCCUCCGAGCCUGUUCCUUUAACCUGGGAGCAGCCUAUGUGGAGGUGGGGAGACCUCAGAAAGGUCUGGACUUCCUGCAGCAGGCUCACCCCGGUCCGAAGGCCGACCGGCUCCCAGACCUCCAGUUCAACCUCGCACUGGCCCACAAUGCACUAGGACAGAGUCAAGAGGCCGCUGCCCACUUCCUGCAGGCUGCGCAGCUGUACAGAUCGCAGGGAGACGGAGGCAGCGAGGGAGACGCCUGCAUGGAGAUGAGCCGCUGCUACAGCAGAACACAGGACUGGUCUCUGGCAGUUCAGGGUUUCCUGCGGGCAGCAGAGAGUUACAGAGUGGCAGCCAUGUUGGAUUCUGCAGCUGCUGCUUUGAAAGAGGCGGGAAAUUACAUGAUUCAAUCAGAUCAGUUCAGCCAUGAUGACAUUAUCGGCGUGCUGACAAAGUCUCUGAGUUUGACAGACAGCAUCACCGACCCGAGGACUCUGGGUGAGCUUUACCUGUCCGUGGGCGUGUCUUACUGCUGGCUCAGGUGUUUCGAAGAGGCGGUGCAGUGUUUCCUGCAGGCUCUGGGUCCUGCGGCUCAGUGGCCCCCCCUGCUGGCCAAGGUGCUGCACAACCUGGGAGCUGCUCUGAACUCUCUUGGACAGUUCACACCUGCUGUGGGCUACCACAGGCAGGCCGCUGGACUCUACGGCUCUCUAGGUUGCCGUGGUGACCAGGCUCGGUGCUUCAGUAACCUGGCGUUUGCCUGCAGUCAGCUGGGUGAUGAAGAGGAGGCAGCAGAGAGCUUCAUCCACGCUCUGCAGGGAUUCAGAGACACAGAGGACCACCUGGCUCAGGCUCAGGUGUGUGAGUCGUUAGCGGAGUGUUACCUGAAGCAGAGGAAGCAGCAGAAAGCUGUUCAGCUCUACAAACAGGCUCUGAGCGCUCUGUCUCACUGCCAGGACGGUUCUGGUCGUGUUGGCGAUCGUCUGGUGGAGCGACUGACUGCAACACUGCAGCAGAGUCUGAGCAUCGGCCUGCAGAGACCACGUCCACGAGGACCACGCCCAGCCAGGCCACACCCACACAGCUCACCUGUCGAACAAUGUGUCAGGAAGUCUGACAUCACACAUAGUCCACGCAGGGCAGCCAACCAGCAGCGAGAUGAGCAGCGGGGGAAGGAGCCAGGAGCAGAGGCCAGAGGUAGACAGGAAGCAGCAGAGCAUUGUGGGUCAGCAGAGGGCGGAGACACUGAAGUACCUGAAUACAUGGCAUCUGGACCAUACAGUUCAUACCAGUCAGACCAGUCAGACCAGCUGCAGCACAGUGAGCUGUGGUCGGACAGAGAGAACCCUCACACUGACAGUGAAACCUCAUUGGUCCGGGAGACCGAGGCCGUACCCACCAGUCCAGGUGACGUCAGAGAGGCGACUCCCCCUGCGGGCAGGUGGAGGUCUCGGUUCUGUGCCCUGAUGUAGAGUCAGAGAGGAGUCCACAUCAGUUUGGAUCUGCACUCACCUGCAGCUGAUCAUGUCCUUCAUCGUCUAUUGAUUACAUAUUUAUGAUCGCUGGGACUGGUCUGUGGUUUCCAUGGAAACCCGGUCAUCUCAGUAAAGGUCCAAUCCACUUCACAGAGACCUGCAGAGACUGAUACUGUGCACACCUGUACGUCCAGGUGUGAUGACAGUCACGUGUUUAUGAUUAAUGAAUGAACAGCAUGUAUUUAUAGCAGUUUGAACCUUUGUGUUUCAGUUUUGUUAUAUUGUUUAAAUGAACCUAAACCUAAAGGAUCUAUCCAUCAAUCAAUCAAUCAGUCGGUACCUGUGUACAACCGAAUGAACUGUGGAGAUAGAGUCACAAAAGUCUAUCAAUAAAGGACUGAUAGAUCUGUGAAAUAAAAACCAUGACAACACUGAAGCUUUGUUUACCUGAGGAGUGAGACGCCGGCAACACACCUGUACAACAACUCAGCAGAUUUAAACUUCCUGCUGUGCAUCCAGAUGUUUUCAGUAGAAACACUCAGACUGAUGUUUUAUUCAUCACAGGCUGAUUCUGCUGAUGAAGCA